CGAAAAGAGACCGAGUGAGCGGCCGACAGCGGACGGCAAGAGCGAGCGUGGACACGAGACCGCGCGACGCAGAUCCCAAGCGAGAGGACCGAGACGCCCGCAGCAGCAGCAGCAGAGAAUGAACGGAGGUUCAUCCAGCAACCAUGGAUCCCACGACAGCCCCGGACGCGCGCCAGACCGCUCGGGCCAGUUCAACGUGAACUUUGGCUUUCGCAGCGGCGGCUUUGGCGUGCGCGGCCGCGGGCGCAAUAAUAUGAACCAAGGCAACGGAGGUCGGACCGGCCCGCGCGGUCGGUCGCCGCCGCACAACCAGUCGAUGUACGGCGGCGGCAUGCAAGGCCGUGGCAACAACUACAACCGCAACCGCAGCACCAGCGGCGGCAACUACAUGGCGUACAAGCAGCGGCCGAUGGGCCGAUCCCGCGACCGGUCCCGCUCCAAAGAUCGAAUGGAUCGGCGAGGUGCGUCGCGAGACCGAUCGCGCGACCGCUUCCGGGAUCGAUCCCGCGACCGCCGGCGCGACUCGUUUCCGCGCGACCAUCCGGACGAGUUGCAGUCGAACUCGUCGCCCGAGAAGCUCGACCGGUCGUACGCCGACAACAUCGAUGUCAAGCAGGCAGCAAGGAAAGAGGUCGAAUCGAACGACACGGACUCGAGGGACGAAGAAGGCUUGGUCACGGAAGACUCACCGCGGAAGACGCCGGUACGACGGCCGAGUUGGAGCAAUGCGAGCUCGCCCGUCGUCAAGCCCGACGCGGCGAGCACCCGUCGGCGCGAGGCAGACGAGUCGCCGGUGCGGCGAAGGGACAGCGUCGACGUCAAGCGUCGAGGCAGCAUCGCCGAAGCCACCAGUGAGAAGCUGCUGAAGCGAAGCGAGUCGAUGAUUGUUGCCUCGGCCACGCGCCGUCCGUCACUGGAUCUGAAGCGAUCCGAGUCGCUGACGCUGCCGAAGCCCGACGUCGACGACGCAGCGAAUUUGGAGCCGCCGCGACCGCCGCCGUCCGACUUGACCAACGUCGAGGGCAGCUCGACACCGAGUGACGACCGCGACAGCCAAGGCAUGAAGCGCGUGCGCCUAGGGUGGGGCCAAGGGCUCGCGGCGGCGUCAUCGCCCAGUGCGGCGACGUUGGCGGCCAAACGCCCGCGCAUCGGUUGGGGCCAAGGCCUCAUGUCGCAGGCGUCCGAGUCGGCGACAACGCUGGAGCGGCGUUCGAUGUCGCCUUUGCCGGCGUUGGUCAAGGCUACCGAGCGUGCGCCUGCUGCGACGCCACCCCGACCAACACCCUUGCCAGGCCUUCUCCCGACGCCCGUGACGGGGCUGCUGCCAACACCAACCACUGGGCUCUUGUCGACGCCAGCGUCUGCGACGCCGCCCGCGCACUCGACUACCGUGUCGUCGGUGUCAUCGCCCGCGCGACCGGUCGGGCUCCUCCCGAUGCCAACGUCGUCGGCCGCAGUGUUUGCAUCACCACCCACAGCGGGGCUUCUUCCACACCCAUCGACCGGUCUUCUCUCGUCGCCAGGUCUCCUCCCACUGCCCAACUUCCGUGACCGCACCGGUGGUAGUACCAGUGGCAGUACCAGUGACAGCACCAGUGGCAGUACCAGUGGCAGCGUCAGUGCCGGCCCCGCCCCAGCACCUAUACUACCACCACCCGUUGUUGUCGUGUCUGCGGCUGCACCGCCGGAAGCACCCGUGGUCGACGACGUUGCGGGUGUCGCGCCAGUCGUCGCUGCGCCGCCGCGGAAGGAAGAUCUUUUGGUCUCGAUUGACGCAUUGGACGCCGACAUUGGCCGCGUCAAGAGCCAGAUCGCAGCGACACGCGACGAGUUCGAAGCGCUCAAAAUGCAGCCUCUGACCUUCUUUGACGAGGUGGAAGAGCCGGCUGUCGUUGUGGUGACCCCCAAGCCCAAGACGCGACCGGUGAUUAUGGACCCGGAACUCAUGGCCACCGUGAGUGCGAUGAUGACGACCAACUGCGCCAAGGCGACGGAGGCUGCCGCGAACCUCGAUACGCUCGGCACUGCGGCCGUGCGGUACGCGACACCGGGUGACGCACCUGGCGUGUCGGAGAUUCUGACACACAGUGCGUCACUGCGGCCUCGGGUGCUGUCGCGCAUCAUGGCGCGCAAGGCGGCGCACUACACCAAGAUGCGGCAGCUCGCGGUGGAGUUUGUGCAGCUGAAGAAGGCGUGGCGGCACCGCGUCAAGCGCAUCGAGAAGGACAAGAAGAAGCAGGAGAAGAUCCGGUCCAAGCUCUUGCUCAAGCAGCAAAAGAAGACGCAAGCGACGACGGCCACCGACACCACGGCGGCGGCGGACGAGGCGGCGACCAACAGUAGCAGUGUCCGGACAUCAUCCCGCCUCACCAACAACUCGAGCAACCCGCCGCUGCUCCCAACGCUGCAGACAGGCCUCGAGAAGGACUCGGCGGCGCAGUGGGAGCAAGACAAUCGGCGCAAGCGGCUCAAGGGUGCGAUGGUGGCCUCUGGAUCGAGUGCGAGCCUGUAUGUGAUCCCGGACAUGCUUCUCGACGAAGACAGGCUGUGCGUGCAGCGGUUUGUCAAGUUGCCGCGGCCGACGUUGACGGGCCUCGAGACGCCGUCGACGCCCAUGGACGGCCAGCUCGCGGUCGCCGUCGAGAAGCUGACGAAUCCGUGGAGCGACGUUGAAAAGUGCAUUUACGUCGACAAGUUUCUCCAGUUCCCAAAGCAGUUUUACCAGAUCGGCACGUACCUCAAGAACAAGACGACGGGCGACGUCAUUGCGUUCUACUACAACACCAAGAAGGUCGUCGACUACAAGGCGAUCAUCCGCGAGCAGCAGCUGCGGCGGCGCGGCGCCGGCAUCAAAAACACGUGGAACUGCUGGCACCUCUCGGUCUGUGUCGCGAUGGCACUUGGCGUCCAGUUUCCCGACUCGAUCAAGGCCAUGCUCUUGCAGCCGUCCAACUUUCGGUCGCACCAGGCCGCCAACUGCAUCUUGCACGCGGUCAAGGGCGUCAAGGACGCGGCGGCCAAUGACGACACGGCGUCGACGACCAACGACGACGACAAGGAGUCGAAGGAUGGAUCGACGCUCGGCGUGCCGCCCAUGGUGCUGGACCUCACGACGCUCCUCUCGGACAAUGCGUAUAGCACCGGGUACGAGACCUCGAGCGUGAGUGUGCGCCAGCGCUUUCUGGACUUUCGCGCGUCGAGCCAGUACCAGCCCGACCCGCCGCCAGUCGCGCUUGACAACGAGCCGAUCAAGGUUGUUUCCAAGCUCAAGCUCAAAAAAGACGUGGCCGUCGCUGACGCCAUGCCGUCGCCGGCCUCCCGGCGCAAGUCGGGCACGCGCGCGGCCAACCCGAUGAAGAAGGAUUCCAAGCGCAGCGCCAAACUCAAGCGGGAAGACGCACCGAAACGCGCCAAGGUGUCGCCGACCAACGUCCAGGACGACGCACCACCGCCGCCGACGGUGCCCGAGGCGUCGUCGCCGAUGCGAGAGAAGAAGUCGUCGGCCUCGAAGCCGCCGCCGCCAGCCCAGCUGCCGCUGCUGCCACCACCGCCCAUGGUGGCGCCGCCGCAGCUCCUCAGCAAGCACACCAACCAAAUGUUGCAGCUGAGCGUGCCGCUGCACGUGCCGGUGCUGCACACGCCGUCGCCCAGCGGUGGCAUGCACCAUCCGUCGCUGCUACCGACGCCGAUGGGCCAGCCGCCGUCGGUGCUCAGCAGCCUUCCGCCAGGCAAGCGCGUCGUGCAAAAGUGGACGGAGCAAGAGAAAUCCGACUUUCUCAAAUUCUUCUCGGUCUAUGGGAAGGACUGGAGUGCGCUGACCAAUAGCAUUCCGACCAAGACCGCGGCGCAGAUCAAAAACUACUAUCAGAACUACAAGAACCGCCUCGGCCUCCAGGACAUUCUGAAGAAGCGCACGGAGCGGAUCACGUCGACGGGUAGCGGUCCCAACACGCCGCAGUCGGGGCCGACGCCGGGCCAGGCAUCCCCAACGGCGCUCGGGUCGCCACCGCCGACAUACGCGUUCCCGAUGUCGAUGCCGCCGCUGCAACCGCAACAGACGUCGGCGCCGGUCAACAACAGCAACGAGUACAACACUGUGUACCCAUCGACAAACGCGCGGCACAAGCUCUUGCAGCUGCAGUGCGAGCUCUCUCGGAUCACGAUGCAGCAGCUGCCGCCGGAAGCGCCGUCGAAUUCGUCGAAUCCGACGUCGAUGGCGUACUCGACAAUCAACUCGCAAGCGUCGCAGAUGAAGCUGCUCCAGUAUUCGCUGCAGCAGCAAGUCCAGAUGCUCCAGAUGCAAAUCCACCAGCAAGAGCUGCAGAGCAACGCGCCGUACGCACCGCGGCCUCUCCAAGAGCGCAUGCACCUGCGACCAGCAACCGACAACUACUACGACCCGCGCUACAGCGACAUGAAGAUGGAGGCGCCGCAGCAGCCACCCAUCGUACCCCGGCCGCACCUGGACACGUCUACUGAGCGGUCGUCGAGCCUGCCGCCGCUGGCCGAGGCGCCACCGAUUGCGAUCCCGCAGCCGACGUCGCGGAGUCUCAUGUCGUUUUCGUCGAUCUUGAACGAGAGCAACGGGAGUCCGUACGGCGCGCAGACGCCGCCGACCUUGACGCCUGUGCACAACAUGUCUCGGUCGAGCGUCUCGAGCCUACUCAACCGGCACCACCGAUCGGCGCACACGCCACCGGCCAACGCGUCGCAGCAACCACACGCGGUGCAAUUACAACAGCAGCAGCUCCAGCAAGGACCGUCGGCCGCCAUGAAGCUGCACCUGAGUCACCCGCUGCGACAGAUGGCCCACCCAUCGCAGCAGCAGCAACAACAUCCGCAUCAGCAGCAGCAACAGCAGCAACAACAGUCACAGCCACAGCCACAGCAACAACAACAGCAGGGCUACUAUGGCUCGGCACCGUCACUCCCGAGCCAUUUGCACCAGCACGGACCGUCGAGCCGAAAUCCGUACGCGUCAGUGCUGAACGAGGCAGCACACAGCGACAUGACGUACUCGGGGCAGUCGUUCCAGCAGCAGUUGCAGCAACGUCAGAUGCAGCAAACGCCGGUGCAUUACGCCAUGGACAAGGCACCGCCGUCGGACGCGGAGUCCGUCUGGACGAUGGAGCAGCAGAUGCGAUACGAAGAGGAGGCCCAGAGCUUGCACCGCGCCGCGUUGGAGAAGGAAGCGUUUGCCCGGCGCGCGGAAGAAGAGGCGACACGGGCGGCUGCCGCGGCUGCUGCCGCAGCUCGGGCGCUUCAGGAAGCCCAAGCGGCGCGGCAGGAAGCCAUGCACUUGGCAGCGAACGCUGCGCGGUACACGAGCCACAUGCAGCAGCGACAAAACAUGCACAUGCCGUACGGACACCACCACCCGCCGCCGUAUCUGCAUCCGAUCCCGCACAUGGCCCCGUCACCACCCGAGACGGACGGUCCGCCACCCGCCGCUAGUCCCCGCGAGUCGUCGAGCACCGCACCGAAGUAG